CACACCGGGGAGAAACCGUACCGCUGCCCUAUCUGCGCCAAGGCCUUCGCCCUCUCCUCGGGGCUGGUCCUCCACAAGCGCACCCACACCGGGGAGCGGCCCCACGCCUGCCCGCUCUGCGGCAAGGCCUUCAUUUCCUCAUCGCACCUCGCCCUCCACCUCCGCUCCCACACGGGCGAGCGGAAGUACCAGUGCCCCAUCUGCGGAAAGCUCUUCCUCCAGUCCUCCCACCUGGUGCGCCACAAGGCCAUCCACACCGGCGACAGGCCCUUCAAGUGCGAGGACUGCGGCAAGCUCUUCGGGCGUGCCUCGCACCUCGCGACCCACCGCCGCGUGCACACAGGCGAGAGGCCUUUCAAGUGCCUGCAGUGCGAGAAGGCCUUUACACAGAAGGCUGGGCUGGUCCUCCACGUCCGCCUGCACACUGGGGAACGGCCCUACAAGUGCGAAAAGUGCGGGAAGAACUUCCGCUCCUCUGCCCACUUGGUGUCACACCAGCUUCUUGAGUCGGGCGAGAGGAACUUCAAGUGUUCCACCUGUGGGAAGGCCUUCAAGCAGGCAUCGUCCCUCAAGCAGCACCUGAAGACCCACGAGGCACGCGAGCCUCACCGCUGCUCGGUCUGCAGCCGAGCCUUUUCCAGGUCCUCUUACCUCCAGCUUCACAUGAGAACACACAGUGGGGAGCGGCCGUACCACUGUUUGCUUUGCAACCGAACAUAUGCCAAAAUUUCCACCUUUGAAAAACAUUGUAAAAAGCACCAGCAGGAUGAAGAGAGGCCUGGUGCUAGACCCAGGCCAGUGACCACCAGGGCAAAAGUACUGGCUGAAAAGAAAAAGCAGGAGCAGAAACAGAAGCACCGAGAUGGCAGCCUCAAGCAACCUCACCAGGCUGACCCAAAGCAGCAGUAG